UUGGUGUGAACUCUCAGAGAUUCACUGUGAAGUCGUGGCCUCAGCUCUGAAGUCAGACCCCUCACAUCUUAGAGAACUGGAUCUGAGUGGAAACAAGCUGCUGGACUCAGGAGUGAAGCUGCUGUGUUCUGGACUGGAGAGUCCAAACUGUCGACUGGAGACUCUGAGGUUGAUGGGCUGCAGUCUGUCAGAGAUCAGCUGUUCUUCUCUGGCUUCAGCUCUGAGGUCAAACCCCUCUCAUCUGAGAGUACUGGAUCUGAGUAACAACGACCUGCAGGACUCAUCAGUGAAGGAGCUGUGUGGUUUUCUACAGAGUCCAACCUGUCGACUGGAGACUCUGGGGUUGAGGAGCUGCAGUCUGUCAGAGAUCAGCUGUUCUUCUCUGGCUUCAGCUCUGAGGUCAAACCCCUCUCAUCUGAGAGAACUGGAUCUGACUCUAAACAACCUGCAGGACUCAGUAGUGAAGGAGCUGCUUGAUCUAAAGCAGAGUCCAACCUGUCGACUGGAGACUCUGAGCUGGAAGGAGUGAUCUUAGUGGAGCUGAGUGUGAAGAGGACAGUGUGUGUGGACGGAGGCUGAGCUGUGUCCUGAGGAUCCAGAGGCUGAAGCAGCAGCAGCUUGUGUGUAGAGCGGCUCUGACUGGGCCUUGUUGCUGGGAGGCAGAGUGGAGACAGAGCUCCAGAGGAAUCAGAGGAGCUGGUUGUAAUAUGUAACUUCACCACUAGAUGGUCCUCCACACCGAUUGUUUUUAUACACAAGCAGAAUAUAUAACUCCUCUAUAAAGAGUCACAUAUAUGUGUUUAAGUUUCCUUUAUUCUGUUCCACCUUUGUCCCUCAGUCUGUUUCCAUGUGUGUAGAACCACAUUCUGUUUUUUUUUGAUCUUAAAGUUCCUGGAUUCACGUCACAAAUUGAUUUAGUUCAACACAAAGUUCAACACAAUCAAAUCACUUUGAGUUUAAAAUCAGAGUUUUGUCUUUGACACAAAAGAUCAAAACUCUGGAUUUAAAAAUGGGACGUUUUCAUUUCUGCAUCAGGUGCAGAGCGGUGGUGUCUUUUCUACUUUUGACCCACAGGUGGCGGUGCAGUAUAACAGCAGCACAUCCCAGUCAAAGCCUUUAUAUUCAGUCUAUGAAUCAAACACAUGGAUCAUUUCCUCUGUGACAAACCAGAUGUAACGAGAAGAAAAACAUCUCAGAGAGAAAAGUUCUGUUUCUACUUGUCUCUGCUUUAAUACUCAAUAAACAUCCUUCCACCGACUUCA